AUGGCCAGGGGCUCGAAAGCCGUCAGAAAAGUCGACAGAGAGCUGAGCCAUCAUCUAACAAUUGUCGUUGAAGGCGUGGACAACCCGUUUCGCGUACAUGUCCUCCCACUGGCCUAUAAUCACACAGGUGUUCUCCAUGCAGUCCUGGGGCUUACCGCGUGCCAUCUGCACCUAUCACCAUCAGGUGCUAACCAGGUUGACAUGGCCACUGCCUUACAACACCGUGUUGCUGCAUUGAACGGUCUAAGCUCCCUUUUAAUCAAGGAAGAAGUCUACGGACUUACAGAAGCUGAAGAAGAGGCUGCACUAGCAAUAAUUUUCCUUUUGGUACUUCAUGAUAUAUGCGAGUUGGGAAUAUCUGCGCAUGCUGUUCAUUUGAAUGGCGUGUCAUUCCUUUGUGGAAGAAUUGCAUCCCCUUUAGGAAGGGCAGAACGGUCUGCAGCAACCAUAUUCUUUUUGUCUGCGUUAUCAUGGUUGGAUGUCUUAAGAGGAUUCAGUGGUGCCGAAAAGCUCACCUACUCCGAGAACGUCCGGAAAGGUGUUGCAAACAUCACCAGUCCACACGCAGCCUUGCACACUUUGGUCGGCUGUCCUGCAGUAAUAUUCCUCCGGAUCGGGGACGUAAUAGCAGCAGCCAAGCAGAACAUGCAGGGGAUACUAUCGACCGUCGACUUUCAAACCAAGUUAAAUGAGGCAGAGAGCUUUCUUCGCGGCCUCGAUCUGGACAUGAUCGAAUAUCCCACAUCACAUCCGGAAUGGAGACAGCUUGCGGAAGCGUUUCGACAUGCUAGUCUGCUGAGGAUCUUACGAUGGCCGGAUACAUUCGUCAUUCCCUGCGAAGACCCGAGGAUCAGGCCAUCGGUAUCAAAAAUUCUGGACUGCUGUGCAAACGUUUCAAUGGAUUCGCCAUUCUUCAAGCGGCUGUUGUUCCCUCUAUUCCUGGCGGCAACCGAGACAUCUGAAAGACACCAAAUACACUACGCUAGCCUUUGCAUUGAAAACAUUCGACGCUCCACGGGAUUCCAACAUGCAGCCAUGAUGGAAGUCCUUGAAGGGGUUUGGGAGGAAAGAAGACUGAAAACCCGGGGCUGGACGAAUGUUCCCUGGAUGGAAUUUGUGAGCCGGAGUCCCGGCACCUUGAAGUCUGUCCACGCUAUGUGGUGA